AUGAAGGUGUCCAAGUUAGACGACGAGUCUCUCGGUUUGGAGCUCGCAGAGAAAAAGCCAGUAAUCGGGAGCCACAGCUCACACUACCUUGAGGUCCCUCAACUACUGAGUGAAGGAAAUGUGGGAGAUGAGAAUGGGGCUUGCUGGGACAUGGAGUUGUUUCUGUCUAACUGGGGCAGCCCAUCACCUGAACUUAACCUUCUUGCAGAUUGCAGCUCCCAGCGGCCUAUGCUGCAGGAACAGGGUAUAUCAUACCACGCCAAUGCUUUGGAUGGAGGAAGCCUAAAGGAACAGGCUGCAGCGGACAGACACCAUCUGAGCAACAAUGGUCUUAUGGCCGAACUGCUGUCAACAGCAGAGUCGCUCAGCUCUGCAGUACCUGAGUUCUAUAGCUACAGUGAGGAGCUGCAGGAAAAGUCACAACACACACUGCAACUUCCCAUGGAUCAAAUUCCUUUCUCUCCAGGGAGCAACCCUGAAAGGAAUGGUGAAAGGAGGGCCGCUGGCUUGAGCAACGGAAAGUCAAGGGAUUUUGGGUACUAUUAUUCCCAUCAAACCCCAGCUAUAUCCUUCCCUGAUUCAAGGUUCCUUCAAAAUGCGGUGACCGAUACAGAAAUGUCUUUAGCACUGCCGCGUCGCUACGGCCUCAUCUCGGCCUAUCCUCAGCCAGGGAUUUACCCCGGCCAAGGCGUCCAUUCCCAUUUCCACCCAUCGCGCCACUUUCUUCCUCCACAAACUCUCCUCCCAAGCUGCUCGGUGCCACCUGUGGGCCAAGAGGGGAAGCGGAGCAGGAGGACUGCAAAGAAGAGGGCAGCGAUACACAGCUGUGAAUAUCCAGGCUGCAGCAAGACCUAUACCAAGAGCUCCCACUUGAAGGCACAUCUUCGCACCCACACAGGUGAGAAACCAUACCAUUGCACCUGGGAGGGCUGCGGCUGGAAGUUCGCCCGUUCCGAUGAGCUGACCAGACACUACCGCAAACACACAGGCCACAAGCCCUACGAGUGUGUGCUGUGUCAGCGUGCGUUCUCCCGCUCUGACCACCUGGCACUGCACAUGAAGCGGCACACCUGAGGGCCACUGGCGAGCGGAUGCAUGCACACGCACACCUUAAUAUACACUCUACACAUGCACAAACACAAGGGACCACACUUCACAGAACUAUGCUACAUUCAUACAGACACAUACAGUUUUACAAACUGUGCAUAGCACACACA